UGAAACCAAGUUGCUUAAUUGUAAUCGUCGUCACUGUUCCCGUGAUUCCUCUCUUUCCCUCUGUGUUUAGUAACCCCGAACGUCUCUGUGGAUCGAAGAAGAUGGUAGCUGCUGAUAGCAAACCCGACCUUACGUUGCCCAAAACUUUCGCCUGCAGCGCCUUCGCUGCCUGCGUCGGCGAGGUAUGUACGAUUCCGUUGGACACUGCCAAAGUUAGGCUUCAACUCCAAAAGUCUGCAAUAGCUGGAGAUGUUACUUUGCCUAAGUAUCGGGGACUGUUGGGGACUGUUGGUACCAUUGCAAGGGAAGAAGGCCUUCGCUCACUAUGGAAAGGUAUUGUACCGGGACUGCACCGUCAGUGCCUCUGUGGAGGUCUAAGAAUCGGAAUGUAUGAGCCGGUAAAAAACUUGUACGUAGGGAAAGACCAUGUAGGUGAUGUUCCGUUGAGCAAGAAAAUCCUUGCUGGGUUGACAACAGGCGCUUUGGGUAUCAUAGUAGCGAAUCCCACUGAUCUUGUGAAAGUUAGACUUCAGGCUGAAGGAAAACUAGCGGCAGGUGUUCCAAAACGGUACACUGGAGCGCUGAAUGCGUAUUCAACAAUUGUGAGACAGGAAGGAGUCCGAGCUCUUUGGACUGGUCUUGGACCUAAUGUAGCACGAAACGCUAUCAUCAACGCUGCUGAAUUAGCAAGUUACGAUCAAGUGAAACAGACAAUCUUGAAGAUUCCUGGUUUCACUGAUAACGUUGUCACACAUAUUCUAUCUGGACUGGGAGCAGGGUUCUUUGCUGUAUGCAUCGGUUCCCCUGUUGACGUGGUGAAAUCAAGAAUGAUGGGUGAUUCUGCUUACAAAAACACUAUAGACUGCUUCGUCAAAACACUACAGAGCGACGGUCCUAUGGCAUUUUACAAAGGCUUCAUCCCCAACUUUGGACGCCUUGGCUCAUGGAACGUCAUCAUGUUUUUGACACUUGAACAGGCAAAGAAGUAUGUCCGGGAACUAGAAUCGUCCAAAAAAUAAUACUACACACAAAGUUUGCAGAAGAUAGAAUAAGAGCACCAAUGUUUUCUUCUUAACUUUGGUGGUCGAGAGAGGACUAGUAUCAUCCAGAACUUCAUCUAACACUGUUCUUGGAACAGAGUAGUAGUUUUCAAGCAAAACUUUGAAAUAAAAUUUCUGUGGG